AUGACAUUUGUUUCCAGAAGACUCUUUUCUGUGUCGGCUCUUCUGCGCUCACAUAUUGGUUCUUCUCCGGUGUAUUUGACACCGGAGACCAAGUUGGUGGUGGAAUCAAUGAAACUGCCAAAGAUCAUCAGAAAGGGUAACAAAUCUCUUAAGUUAUCUCAGAACGUAACUGUAUCGGGUCCUUUGGGGAAGAUUGAUAUGGAAAUCCCAGAUUUCGUGGAGAUAAAGCAGGAUGGAUCUUCGGGAAAAAUCGAAGUUGCAGUGAAGGAUUCUACCGACAAGACGCAAAGAUCCAUGUGGGGGACGGUAAGAUCUCAUAUAAAUAAUCAUAUCACAGGCGUGAAUGAGAGCCAUAUGGCUGUUCUGAAGUUCGUUGGUACCGGUUACAGAGCUCAAUUGGAGGAAAAUAACACCUUUGUCAACGUCAAAGUCGGUGCGUCGGUAAGACAAGGCCUACCUAUCCCAGAGGGAAUCAUAGUUAAGUCUCCGGUACCCACGUCGUUGAUCGUGGAAGGUGUCAACAAGCAACAAGUGCUACUCUUCGCUGCCAACUUGAGAAAAUUCCAUCCUCCAGAACCAUAUAAGGGUAAAGGUAUCUACGUUAACAAUGAAACUAUCAAGAUCAAGGAUAAGAAGAUCAAAUGA